UGUGUAUGACUUAGUAAAAAUAUAUUUUAUGAAAUUAAAUUUUCCUUGUAAUUAGCCACAAAGCUAGCGAACUGAACCGAAUAGUAGUAUUACUGGUACUUUACUUAAUUAGUCCCUCCCCUUGGAAAGAUGGAAGGCAAAACAGACCCCGGUGGGACUGCUAUGCCUGCAGUCCAACACUAAUGCUACAUUAUUCAUACUGUAGGUUCUGUUUUGUGUUUUUGUGCCUCUGUUAUCCCAGAUCAUUCGUUGGUUUGUCACUCAGCAAUGUAAAGAUAAUAGUUCACUACAUUGCUUCUGCCAGUUGGCUUUCUCGUUUAUAUAUAGUCCUUAAAACAUCAAGUAGUCCAGUCAUUUGAGAUUCAGUGUCGAGCUGUCAACUUCGGGUCAUAUUUCACGAAUCUUUUCAACUAUUUGCUUGUCCGUUUGGCUCCACUACACAGGUAUGCAUCGUGAGUUUUUACAUACAUAUAGUAUGAACCUGUCUAUCUGUGUCGGAGCCAAUCGGCUUUAGUUUUGCCCUCUAUCAAGUCAGAACUACUACUGAAAACUACGAAAGGCAUAUUAUUACACAUCGCCCUAAACCUAGAAGUAUGUAUCUGAAACUUAGUGAAAUCUGUGAGAAGAAAAAACAAAAGAUACCCGCCCUAACAUUAAGAACAACACUCACAAGUAACAGAUUUCUCACUCUAUUGGUCUAUGGUGACCCACAUUUUAUUGAAGUCCUUCAAAAAGCGCUACGAUAACAAAAGCACAAAAUGAGUUCAAAUUCCAGUGAAAGCGACUCCAAGAUGGUUGGGAAAAGGCGUAGGCAGUCAACCAUUCCUAUGGUUAAACAAGAAGCUAAUGCUAUCUUGGAAGAGUUCUUGAAGAGGCAUCAAGAAAGCCUCACAUCUAUAACUCCAAUGAACUCAGUUUACCAAAAAGUUUCAGAACUCGAAGUCUUUGAGGAGAAACCAAAUUUCAAGCGCCGAGCCAGUUACAGAAAAGCAUCACAAGAAUCCAUUUUAAGUGAUGACAGUUUCCAUUCAAUGACAAAAACUGAAAUUACUUAUGAAAAUACUGCUCCUCUUGCAAGCGAUGAGGAAUGUAGUUCGAGUAUUGAGUCACCAUCGUCGGCUCCUGGCUUUCUUUGUAAUUCUUCUAAACUUCGGCAUUCCUCAAGUAAUUCAUCGUCGUCUAGCUCUGAUAAUGACUCGAGAGUACGUCGUAAGAAGAGCUUGUUUAAACGGGCGAAAGAACGACUGAGAAUGUCGUUCAACAUAUCGAGAAAGUUUAAAAAGAUUCAAGCUGAAAAGGAGGCGAACAAUGACAAUGUUUUCAUAAAGAAGAAAGAUAAGAAAACAAAGAAGAAGGUGAAGACAAAAGAUAAAGUACUGAAGGAAGUGACAACCUAUACAAGGACGCACAUUCGUCAAUCGUCUACAAUAUCAGAUAUUCCUUGCCAAAAAACUGAGAUUACCCUUCGUGAAGGGGAGAUCUGGGAGUCAAAGAAAAUAAAAGAGAAGAAUGGUGAGUCACGUCAUAUUGAAUCCCAUCUUAGCAUUAAGGAAAGUUCAGACAAUUCAAGCUCGAAAGGACUGCCAUCAUCUCUUAAUAAAUUAAAAUCCCUUCACAGAAAUGGGAAGAAAACGCUCUCUCUUGGGAGAAAAGAAAGCACUGAGCAGAAGGAUAUUAUUCAAAACAUCCAUCGCCGAACAGCAUCUGAAGGCAAUGAUAAAGCUAUACAUGUAAUCAAAGAAGAAAGUAAGGAUAAUAAAGAUAGCACUACCACAAAUGUUCUCAAUGAGAUUAUAGCAUUAGAAAAUGAAACUGGGAACGACUAUCCACUUAUUGAGACUUCGGCUCCACGAAAAAAUUUGCAUCUGAACAUUAAUCCAGUUUUUACCAGUGAUCUUCCAGAUCGAGGAAAUUUUGAAUUUAAGGCUGAACACGUUGAGAAAGUAACGACUGUUUGUACACCAGAUGGUCUGACUCAACGCAGAUCAUCUGUUGAGCAUUAUGAGCAUCUCAGUGACUGUGAUAAUACUGAAGUUAAUAAUGAUAGAGAACUUGAUGAAAUUGAUGGUGCUGUCGGUGGAGUUAUGUCUUCUGAACCUAGCGAUGAGCAAUCGAAAACUGAUAUGUUUAAACGAGUGGCUGAUAAACUGAUGACUCUCGCUGAUACACAGACAUCAGCAUCUGAUUCAGAAGGUGCUUGUGCUAGACCACGUCCAAUUGAUGGAAUCCAAUCACCAGAACUGAGUGACUUAGAGAAAGAACUUGUGGAGUACAUUCUUUCUAUAAAAACCUCUAGUCAGUUCCCAAGUGAAGCUGUCAUAGACAUACUUAAACAACUUACCUAUCAGAAUUUCAAAGAGACUUUUGAAGCAUACUCUAAAGACAAGAGUGGAUUACAAGAGGUGGCAGCUCUCUUCUUCCUUUCCAAGGCAGCUAUCAACCUUGUUGGACCUUUUCGUGCAAUGGCUUCCCAGAUAAAAGAACUAACUCUGCGAUACUUUGAGGAUAAGUGUGCAGCAUUCAUUGUGGAGAAAGGUGGUUGGGAUUCAGUUCUCGAAGACACAGAUGAAGAACCUAAAGGAGAGUGAUAUAAUUAUGUGACAGGGUAAUGACUGUGUUAACAAAUAUUUAGCUUAACUGAUCUCACAUAGCUUCAUCAGAUUUUUCACUGAGUUGUGGGACUUUGCACAAACCCAGCUGUGAAUGAAAAGGAAGCAGGAACGAAUUCCUCUUAACAAAAACAUCACUGCCACAAUUAUUUGUUUGGAAGGGAAGUUACCUCAUAAAAGUGGUAAUAUUGCUUGCUGAUCAUGCAAGUUUAAUGGCUGGAUGUUUAAAAUUCUGGAAAAAAAAUGCAAUUUAUUUUAAUUGAUAACAUUCAAAAGAAAAAGCAUACAUGAAGAGGGGAGGGAAAAUAAUUUAAAUUCCAGUGAAAGUUAUCGCUUUCAGGAUUAUUUUCCAUACACUGCCAUUUAUCUCCCCAUCCUGAACAGUGCUGAUUACAAGAGAAGAAGGAAGGAAAAUGCACAAAGAAACUAAGUUAUUUGUGAAAACGAGUGGGAAUAAUUUUGUAUAGAAAAUGUAUAAUGAAUUUUUGUUCAUUUCA